CCUUCAUGCGCCGAAUUUUCCAUUGGUCAAACAGUAUAAUAACAUGUUGACCAUGAAUUCCCUCUUAAAUACUCUUUAAAUACUCCUUGCCUAGAGCGAUAUUUUGAAGACCUCACCACUACUGUUCACUCCUUUUGGAGUCACAAUCACAGCACCAUUUUGUUCGCCAUCUCUACAAAUACAGCGGUCUCUUGCACAAUGACAACAAUUGCUUUAGACGAUCUGCAACCUGGUACCGGAACAACCCUGAGACGCCGUGCAGACUCCCGGCAGCAGGACGCCAACACCGAUACAUCUUCAGUGCCCACCAACAGGUCUGACGCCCUCAGCACUGCACCUCCUCAAGACUCCCCUUCUUUUCAGCCCACAAACUUCUACUGGAUUUCCUGGCACGGUCUCCUCCCUCCCUACAACAUCGAAGUUUUUGACCUCACUUCCGACAUCUCCACACCUUUCACAGGCUUUACGGAAAGCUUCCAAAACGAGGUCCAACGGAUCCGCAAAGACCAUACCUCAACCCCCUUCUUCACCGCCCACCCUGACAACCGCUUCUGUACCCGUUACGGCAUCCGUGAUAGCCAGGGUGAUAUUAUCGCACAAUGGCAGCACCCCUGGAUCACCACCGGCAAAACUGUGUUCUCCUUUCCCGAAGGCUCCCCGUAUUGCUCUCACCCAGUACACCUAGCACAUGAUAAUAUGCUCAAAAACCUGCUAGCCCUACGGACUGAGUCCUUCAGCUACAACUCGGCCAAGUUCGUGUGGACGAUUGACUCGAGAUGGCACGCUCACAGAAUGUCUUUGUACAGGGUCUGGGGCUCUGGCCCAGGCCAGAAGAGAAUAGAGGUGGGGAGAUGGGCGCAGAAAUGGGGUCUUCGGCCGGAAGGAAUUUUGGUAGUGGAUGAGAGGGAGGUGAGCGGGUUGGUUGCUUGUCUGACCUUGUUGGCGUUGAUGAAGAAGAAGAGGCAUGAGGGUGGGGGAGGCUAGUUCAUGAGUUGAAAGGAGGAUAUCCGGUCUUAUAGCCCAUGAGAGCUGCAGGGUAUGUGCGUAAAGGGUAACCCACGUCUUUGCGUGGGACUUCCCAGGGUAGGGCCGUUGGCUGGAAUGAUCUUAACUAAUUCAACUCGCUUCAAUAACUAUUCUGUAUACAUGUAAAUCUUGAUAUCCG